AUGGACUACUCCUCCAAGCCCAAAUCCAUCACCCCGCGCAUCAUUGUCCACGGCGGGGCAGGCAACAUCACGAGAGAGAACAUGCCCCAAAAGUCCUACGAGGCCUACGAGCACACCCUACUCUCCAUUCUCUCCCACGCUAACCGUGCCCUGCUUCUACCCGGCGCCACAGCGCUUGACAUCGCAACGUACGCCGUCUCCCUCCUCGAACUCAAUCCGCUCUUUAACGCUGGCCGCGGAGCAGUCUACACGACAGCCGGGACCCACGAACUUGAAGCUUCCGUCAUGGUAUCGAAUGGAUAUCGCAAGAGAGGUGUCGGCGUCAUGAAAGUACGGAGGACGAAACAUCCCAUCAAGCUGGCGAGGGAGAUGUUGAUUAGAGGAGAGCGCGAGGAUGGAGGUGGAGCGUUGGGGCACUGUCAGUUGGAGGGGGGGACCGAAGCUCGGCCGAGUUGGUUUUGGACGAGAAGGAGGUGGGAUGAACAUCGAAGAGGACUGGGGUUAGAUCAUGGAGAUGAGACUUUUGAGAAAGACAAGAGGAGGGCUGAUGAGAGGGCAGGAUGUGGCAGUGAGGGCAACGCAGAGGGAGAAGAGCUGGAGAACGAGGGGGAGGAGGAAGACUAUGUCAGCAUUGCGGAUUCGCAGUGGGACGGGAAGGAGUAUCUACCUCAAGGAACCGUUGGAGCCGUGGUGUUGGACAGCACGGGCACACUCUGCCUGCCCGGCAGGAUAGGUGACACGCCAACCCUCGGCGCGGGUUUCUGGGCGGAGAGAUGGUUCGAGGCAGUGACGCAGUCUUCAGCUCCAUCAAUGUCAACACCAUCGUACGUUCUCUCAAGUUGUCUCCCGAGCUUGUUCGGCUACCAGAGAGUACUAUACACUCAAGUCCAAGAAGAGCCCCAAGUCCGCGCAGUGGCCAUGUCAGGAACAGGCAACGGCGACAGCUUCCUUCGCAUGAAUGCCGUUCGAGCAGCCGCAGCAAUAGCACGCUACGCUUCAGGUCGCAGCUCUUCAAGUCGCAGUAGCAAGAGUAGUGUGUCUCUACAGCAAGCAGUCACAGCCGUUGCCGGUCCCGAGGGACAACUCCAACGCUCAGCAGAGGACCGCUGGCACAAGACUGGAGAAGGCGAAGGCGGUAUCAUCGGCAUAGAAGUCGUCGAUGGUAAGGGCAAGAUUGUCUACGACUUCAACUGUGGCGGCAUGUUUCACGCCUGGGUGGAUGAUGAUGGGAAAGAAAGGUUCGAGCUCUUUCAGACCGGUCCAAGACCGCCGCCGUACGCGUGA